UCAGUCAUAUUCAUGAUACUCAUAUCAUGAAUGUGUCAUUAAUUGUGACUUUCAAAGUCACAAUUAUUAAACUGACAUUCCUAAUUAUUAGCUUCAAAACAAUAGCUGUAACACAGAAAAUCACAACUUUUAAAGAUUCUGAAACGUACUAAAUGAAAGGAUCUUGAAUUAAUUUGUGUUUGUUGAUCAGGUGUGAAUAAAGUGCAGCUUUCCCGUCAAUCCUUAUAAAGGAUUGCCUGUCCACAUCUUCGCAGUAGUGUUGCAGUGUCACCCUCAAGCGCUGAGAGAAGCAAACCCACUAUAUGCUCAGCUGCUAAUCACAGGAUUAUUCUGUUUAACUAAGACUAUUAAGUGUUCCACUUUCAAAUGGCGUCUCCCACGGGCAGACCUUGGAGAGGAUGAUCCCUCCGCCGCAGGGAUCACACAGACAGCCGAAUGCUCCCUGAGCGACCCAGGGGAAGGGCUGAGAAAAUGCUUUUGUACAGCAACAGGAUGUCACGGUAGUCUACGCUCGGGACACAGACGAAGAAAGAAGGAUGAACAUCGGGAAGAAGACCUCAUCUGGCUUCUUAUACCGCACAUAAAUUCAAUCAGUUCUGGACCCAGCAGCUAGAAUCUGUCUGCAGAUAAUUCAGCCCCUCACCUUCAAACGCCCUGCAGAGCGGUGAAAUAAGUUCACCGACUUAAAGUUGUGCUCUCAGCUCAGAGGAGAGAGCGUUUACCAGGUGAAGCUGAACGCUGCUCUCAUUAGUCACACAUGCAGCCACCUGCCACUCACCAGAGACCGACGACGCCGGAGCGCUGAAAGUUUCCACAGCUAUUUCUGCACACGUUCAGAAGAGACACUGGAGGAAUGGCUCGGGCUCCGUGACCGGUGGUAAGCUCGGAGGAACAUGCUGCUGCUCCGGGGACGAUAAGACGAGUAAUCCUGACUGAAUUUCUGCCCUGGGAACUUUCCAGCGCUUCGAUCAUGGCCAGCAUGGCGGUCCAGCUCCUCGGCUUCUUCCUAGGACUUUUGGGCUUUGCAGGAACCAUUGUCGCAACGUUGCUCCCCCACUGGCGCAGCACAGCCUACAUGGGGUCCAACAUCAUAACAGCCACCGCCUACAUGAAAGGCCUGUGGAUGGAGUGCGUCUGGCACAGCACGGGCAUUUACCAGUGUGAGCUGUACCGAUCUCUGCUGGCGUUGCCCCCUGACCUGCAGGCUGCUCGGGCUCUCAUGGUGCUCUCCUGCAUCUCCUCCGUCUUGGCCUCUCUGGUGGCUGUAAUGGGGAUGAAGUGCACCCACUUUGCCCAACGUUCAGUGGUCAAAUCCCCCCUGGUCCUCAGCGGUGGGGUCGGUUUCCUCUGCGCCGGCCUCCUCUGCCUCGCCACCGUUUCUUGGACCACCAACGACGUGAUUAUGGAUUUUUACGAUCCCUUUCUUCUCAGUGGGAUGAAGUACGAUAUCGGCUUGGCUGUGUAUCUCGGCUACGCCUCGUCCUUCCUCAGCGUGACCGGUGGACUGGUGCUGUGCUGGAGCAGCAGAGAAAGGUCGCAGGGUCGCCUCCGUGCGCAGACACAUCAACCUUCAGCUCCUCCACCUCCCUUCAACAACCUAAACCCCCCUGCUCCUCUCUACAGGCCUCCUGAGGCGCUGAAGGACAAUCAUGCACCCUCGCUUUGCUCCCUUUCUAGCAGUGGAUAUCGGCUUAAUAACUAUGUCUGAAAACAUGGAGAUAAUAACACAUAUCUUUAAAAAAACACCUCUGAGUCUUCUUUAAAACCAAAAGAAGAAUACCCUAAUUUUUCUGCUUAAAGACUCCGUUUUGAAUUGAAAGCAAAACUCUGAAUUAUUGAGCUUUUAAGUAAAGGAACUGGAGCGCUUGUCCUGUUGUGAUGCAUCAAAUUGGCCAGUAGGUGGCAGCACGUUACAGGAAACGGAGAAAAAACGGGCUGUUGAAACUCCAGUUUCUGCAGCACUGAAUACAUAACAGUCCUGUCACUUUCCUCUUGUGGCCUUUUAGUCAAACCUAAAAUGUCCACAGUCAUUUAUCUAUUUCAUUUACAUCACAAUAAACAUCUAUUGGUGAAGAUUAACACGUUCUCCUUGAUGAAAUACAUUUGGUUAAAAAAUGUUUUAUUUUUUUUUUAACAAUGUCAAAAGUAAAGUUUGGCACAAGUCAUGUAGAGUUAAACAGCAAACUAGACUUUUUAGGUCAUGCAAAACGCUGUCAUUUUCACAAAUAGAGUCUUUUGUUUUCUCAGAAGUAAAUGUUCAUCCAAUUUAGUUUUUUUAACAUUUGUUCUGUUCUUUCUUUAUCUUCAGCAAAUAUGAAAUAAAACUAUGUUAAUAGGUAUACUUCUGCUGAGACUUUAAAUUUAAAGUCAUCUGGAAGAAAUGGAGACUGCAUCUUGUGGGGUGAUGGCUUUCCUUUGUUCUUUAACUCCAGUAAGAAUCACAUUUGAAUCCCUUUUUUGGGCAUUUUCAUUAAAUUCAGUUUAUUUUUACAGCACAAAUUCAAAACACUUGUCAUCUAAAUGCACUUUAUAAAUCAAAAAGUAAUUUCAAACCAAUCAUGCAGACAGAUUCAAAGUAAAGUAGAAGCAUUUCAAACCAAUUGUAGUUGUCCAACUAACUUAUUUGAAAAUAUUGUUUGUAAAAGUUAAGUUUUCUGUCAUUACAAGAAAAUAACUUAUGAGGAUGUCCUUUUACAGAUGUUCUUAAAUUUUAUUACUAUUUUGUUUCCUUAAGACUUUCUAAUUCUCCUAAUAUCCCUGUGAUAUUUGCAGGAACCACUAGGUGGCAAUAAAGAUCUGCAGAGAGAGCAGUCUGUUACAUCUCUGUACUGUAUAUGAUGUAUCUUAUGUUUAAUUGUUGUUGAUGUUUUUAGAAGUUUGUUUGUGGAUAUUGAAUGAUAAUCUCUUUAUGACUCCUUCUUCCUUCCUGUAACACUGUGGAAAUGUUUCCGAGGUGUAUUUGUGGAAAACCCUCCAAUUAGAGGUGGCCUCUGUCUGACCGACUGUCAGCCGCAAAGACAGGAAAUUACAGGACAAACAUGUCAACAGUCGCUUAAUUUGUUUCUACCUGUCAGAUGAGACUAACAUAGAGAGAUAACUAACAGCAAAAAAAGAAAAUAAACACACCCACCCACAUUAUUGUAUUCACUUAUGGGGUAUGUUUGUUAUUGAAGUUAUUUAUUAUAAAGAUUUUACCAAGAUCUUCUGUCUCUAUUGAGUCAUAGAGAAACUAAUUAAACUAAUUAUAGACUAAACAUGUAAGUUUAUCUAAUAGUCUGAUUUCGUGAGUAAAGACAAAGUCUAUCAGUGAGCAAAUAAAUGUAUAGUAAACAUCACAGUUUUUAACUCAAAAUAUGUCGAAUAUUCCCAGCUGGAAUAUUUAAUCACAUCUAAUA